ACAGAAGUGGGCGGGGGUUGAAUCAGAGGCAGGAGGAAUUGGGUUGCCGCUGCCGCCAGUCCCUUUGCAGCUGGCGUGAGCCGUCGCUAGGGCUCGUGUUCCAAUGGCGGCGGUCGUUAGGGAGGGUGCGAAGCUGGAGCCGGGCCGCGACAUGCGGAUCCGCGGGGUCCGCAGCCGAGGGCCCGAGCCUCUCGCCGCCAAGUGGGAGAGCGGAGCGAGGAAGCAGCCGAGGAGAGGCCUGCACGGCGUGGCGGCGGCGCUGCCGCAGGCCUCGGCGCAGGUGUCGGAAGUGGCCGCCUGGCUGUUGGUGGCUGCCUACUUGCUGCUGCUCUGGGCCGCCGUCCAGUUGUCGCUGCAGCAGCUGCUGACCGGGCCGGGGCCCAGCGGUGACGGAGACGUGUUCAAUGCACUCAGGGCAAGGAAAUAUCUCCAGGACAUCACUGAUUUUGGACCCAGGCCUGCUGGAAGUCCUGCCAAUGAAAUCCUGACUGUGAACUACCUCCUGGACCAGAUCCAAAAAAUUAAAGAAGGAAGUACAGCAGUGCAUAGCAUUGCAGUGGAUGUUCAGAGACCGACUGGCUUCUUCAGCAUUGAUUUUCUCGGAGGUUUCACCAGUUAUUAUGCUAAUGUUGCUAAUGUUGUUGUGAAGUUGGAACCAAAGAAUGGAGCAAAGCAUGCUGUGCUUGCAAACUGCCAUUUUGAUUCUGUGGCCAAUAGCCCAGGUGCCAGUGAUGAUGCGGUCAGUUGUGCAGUUAUGCUUGAAAUUCUGAAUGUGUUGUCCAAGUCUACAUCCCCUCUACAACAUGCAAUCAUAGUUGUUUUUAAUGGAGCGGAAGAAAAUAUUUUACAGGCAAGCCAUGGAUUCAUUACACAGCACCCUUGGGCUAAGCUAGUAAGGGCAUUUAUUAAUCUAGAAGCUGCUGGCGUAGGAGGGAAGGAGAUUGUUUUUCAGACAGGUCCAGAAAAUCCUUGGUUGGUUCAGGCUUAUGCUCGUGCAGCUAAACAUCCUUUUGCAUCUGUUGUUGGUCAGGAAGUAUUUCAGAGUGGGAUCAUUCCUUCUGACACAGAUUUUCGAAUCUAUCGGGACUAUGGCAAUGUUCCAGGAAUAGAUUUGGCUUUCAUUGAAAAUGGUUACAUCUACCAUACAAAAUAUGACACAGCAGAUCGAAUCCAUUUAGACUCCAUUCAGAGGGCUGGUGAUAAUAUAUUAGCUGUACUGCAGUACUUGGCAACGUCAGAGGAGUUGGCUGACUCAACACAGUAUCGUCAUGGAUCUGUGGUGUUUUUUGAUGUGCUUGGAUUGUUUGUUGUGGCCUAUCCAAAACGGAUUGGUACGAUAAUAAACUGUCUGGUUGCUGUAGCAACUGUUCUCUACCUGGGAAGAAAGUUCUCCCUAUCAAAAAGUUAUGGCUCUCACUAUAGGAGUGAUCUACUUUAUGGAAUUGGCAUCACAAUAAUAUGCUGGUUUAUCAUCUUUGUGACCAUCCUCAUUGUGGCAGUAUUUGUGUCCCUAACUGGACACUCCAUGUCUUGGUACAGCCACUUCUAUGUUUCCGUCAUCUUGUAUGGCUCCAUAGCCCUCAUGAAGCUCCUGCUGAUUCAUACACUGGCCAAAAAUCUUUACUAUGGAAAGAACGUGAACAAGGUCUACCUGUCGGAAUUAUAUUUUGAUGUUUCGCUAACGAUCUGGUGCUGCAUUUUAAUUUACUUUACCCAACGAGACCUGUGCUCUGCUUAUGUACCGGGAUUGUGGGUGGCUUUUCCUUUGCUUGUGAAGUUAUUGAUUGGCAGAGAGCUGAAACAAAAAGGUCCUACACUGAAGCUGACGGCAGUUUAUUUGCUGGGCCUGUCUAUUCCUCAUCUUUUGACCAUAUAUCUAUUUUGGGCUGCAUUUGAAAUGUUCACACCCAUCCUUGGUCGAAGUGGGACUGAGAUACCUCCAGAUAUUGUACUGGCUUCUAUCAUUGCAGCAUGCACAAUUAUUCUAACAGCUUAUUUUGUGAGCCUGAUUUACCUGUGCCGCAGUACCAAAUGGACCCUGCUGAGUUUGGGGAUUGUGUUUCUGGGUUCUGCCUCCCUUGUGUGUAGUGGAGUGUUUUUUCCGUAUUCAGCUGACCCUACUAGUCCACAUCCCAAGCGAGUCUUCCUGCAGCAUACAACACGAACAUUUCACAAUCUUAAUGGAGAAAUAGUCAAGAAAGAUUCUGGCAUAUGGAUUAAUGGCUUUGAUUACACCCUGAUGUCCCAUGUUACUCCACAUAUACCUGAAAUCAAUGAUACAGUGAGGAGUCCCUGUGAGAACGCACCUUUUUGUGGAUUCCCUUGGUAUUUACCUGUUCAUGGUUUUAUCAGGAAAAACUGGUAUCUGCCAGCUUUGGAACUUCCAAUCAGGACACCUGUUGCUUUAAAACUGAUAUCCAAAUACAAGUUGCCUUCACAGUCCGUAAAUAUGACCUUUGAGGUGGACGGUCCCAGUCACAUGACACUGUACAUUCGGCCACGUGAAGGUUCUUCCAUAACCAGGUCGUCUGUUGGGGAUGCGAGUUCUUUAUACAGCAUUGACGGAGAUUAUUUUUUCUUCUAUUCCCAUGGACUACAGGCUCCCCCAUGGCAAUUUUGGUUGGAGAUCCAGACUCUGGACCCUACACCUGAUGAGAUGGUUGUUAUUGCUGUAGCUUCUCAUUAUCUAUUUGGGGAAGAACAAAGGACAAGAGAACUGAUUGCUCUGGAAAAGAGAUUUCCGGAAUGGUGUUUCAUAUCCAGCUGGACCAGUACGUACGACUCAUUUGUCCUCUGAAACUCUAGUAUGGCUAACCUGGGUAAGAGACGGAAAAUAUCCUCACACAAUAUACCCCUUGCUGCAGCACCUUCCCUGCAAGGGCAAUGAAAUAUCUUGAACACAAGAGACCAUAAAAUGUCAAUAAUUAUUAAAUUUGAUGACUAAUGUUUUGGAAUAAAGGGAAGAUUGAUUUAAGUGAAGCUUCAAAAUGUUGCUGGGAAUUCCCCGGACCUAAGAUUUAAAAAAAAAAAUCACAGGUCUACUCGACAUGGUGACAGUAGUGUGUUCAUCGAAUGUGCUUCGCCUGGAAGACCGGGAUGCUUUCUCCAUAGCUGGUCUCUUAAAUUUCUAAUUGGUUGCAAGGAGUUAUUUGUGAAAGUUACUUUUGAAGUAAAAGACCUGAGAUGCAGUAGUGUACGAAGACAUGAAGUAUUUUGUUGUUAAAUGCCUGUCCUUGGUUAUGUUACGAAAUGAAUACCUUUUGAAUUGAAAUCUAGGGUUAAAGCAAUAUUACUGUGAUAUAACUAAGCCUUAAACCUUUACAUUUCAAAGGUGGAGAGGAUUUGUAAUGCAAGAACCUCUUGAAUCAAAUAAUGCACUCAGAAUAUUUAAGUUGUUCCAAGGGACAUUAACCUUUCCCUUGGUUGUCAGAUGUCUUAAUUUUAAGUGUUCACAGGAAUAAGGGAUACUGCUGAAGAUGGUGUUAAUACUUGAAUCAUGUGCUACUUGUUGAUGCUCCUGGCAUUUAAAAUUUGACACUCAAAGCAAUUCUAAAAGUUCACAAUACCCAUUCUUCCUGUGUCUUUUGCACUCCUUGGGAAGAGGAAUAAAUAAUUAUUCAAUUGCAGCUGAUGAAUUUGACUAAGUGUUCCAUCAGAAUGGAUAUUCUUAACACCAGACAGUUAGUAUAUUUGGAUCCAUGUAUGGUGUGAAACCGUAUUGAUUUUGUUAAGAAUUUAACAAUCCAUUUUAAAACCAAGUGUAUAUGCACCAGUUUUUCAAUUCAUGUUUCACUUGCCAAGAUGUUGCAAGGAGUUCCUUGAUGAAAUGCUGUUUACUGUUUUAUACUGAGCAUUGUUUACAUUAGAGGCAAUGAAGUUAUUAAUUUGAUUUUUUUUUGCACUGGCAAAACUGAAGUACAUGAACAAAAACUUCUGGGGUUAGAUUAAGUGCAAAUGACUAACUGGUAAUUGUUUCUUUGAUGCCAUGAUUUUAAGCAUCUGCAUUGCAACUGUUCAAACUAUUUGAGCUGGUAUUUACUUGAUUUCAAUCUAUAUAAACAAAUGAAUUUAAUUAUUGCGUGGAUACUGAUUAUUCAGGAAGCUAUGGUGUGUCAUUGAAUAUUUAAAAAAAAUAAAAGUAUUGAAAACAGUUGGAGAACCCAUAAUUUUGAAAGCCACUAUUUAAUUUGCACUGUUGUGACUUUACUGUAGUGUGGAAUCAAAAAACUGUAGCCCGAGUAAAUAGUUGUAGCUUUUGAGAUGACUGAAAUCUUGACAAAUUUAUGUAAGCAUGAGGUCAACAGUGCAAAAGAAACAGUAAAGUGCAUACAAGCUUUUCUAAAACCUGAGUGGUAUGUAUUAGAACAACAUAUGCACAAUCCUGGAAGAACUCAGCAGGUCAGGCAGUAUCUAUGGAAGGAAAUAAAUAGUCAACCCUUCAGGGCCAGACCCUUCAUCAGGACUGGAGAAAGAGGGCAGAAGCUAAAAUAAAAGGGGAGGGGGAGGAGCACAAGCUGGCAGGUGAAUCUAGGUGGAUGAAAGGGAAUGAUGUGAGAAGCAGGGUUGUGAUAGGUGGAAGAGGCAAAGGGCUGAAGGAGGACUAAUUGAAUAGGAGAGUGAAGCUGGGGAACCAGAGGGAGGUGAAUAGGUGAGUCAUGAGGGGGCCACAAGAAUGAGUGAAAACUGAGAAGUAGUUACUGGAAGUUAGAGAAAUGAAUGUUUAUGGCAUCAGGUUGGAGAUACCAAGACAGAAUAUGAGGUGUUGCUCCUCCAACCUGCAUCUGGCCUCAAAGUGGCAGGAGAGGAGGCCGUGGUUAGACAUGUCAGUAUGAGAAUGGGAAGUGGAAUGAAGUGGUUUGCCACUGGGAGAUCCUGGCUGUUGUGGAGCGAAGGUGCUUGACAAAGUAGUCACCCAAUCUGUGGCGGGUCUCACUAAUGUAGAGGCUACUGCACCGGGAGCACCAGAUGCAAUAAAUGACACCCUCUGCUUCACAGGUGAAGCACUGCCUCAUCUGGAAGGACUGGCUGGGGCCCUAAAUGGUGGUGAGGGAGGAGGUAUGGGUGCAGGUGUAGCACUUUGCAUGGUUGCAGGGUUAAGUGCCUGGAGGGUGAUCAGUGGA